UCAAUUCAAGAAAUAUUUAGUGUUUGGAAUUAAAGAGAAUGGCGUCGGAGCAGGCGAGGAGAGAGAGUGCGAGGGAGGAGCGUAAGGUGGAGGUAGAGAGAGACCGAGUUCCGAAGAUGGCAACUCAUUUCGAGUCGCUGGUUGAUAAGGCUAGAGACGAGCAGCAGCCUCAUCAUGGAGAGACAACCAUUCAUAUCGAGGCCGUUCCAGUGAGAGUCGCCGGGAUCUCCAUUUCCAGCCCCAUGGAUGCGGAGCCGCGCCAGCCCUCCUUAGAGGAGGUUUCUAGAAUGAGGGGGGUGGCGCAGCAGAAUUCGGCGGAGGCGAUCAGGGCCGCGGAGGAGCGCUACGACAAGGCCAAGAGCGGUGCUGCUGGAGGGAUGCAGGCCAUGGCGGAGAAAGGCCGGCAAGCGGCCGACAAGACAACGGAGGUGAAGGACACCACGGCGAAGAAAGGCCAGCAGGCUCAAGGUUACACGGCGGAGAAGGCGGCCGAUGUCAGGGACGUCCUCUCAUCGAGAGGCGGAGCUUUGAAGGACACGGUGGUUGAGAAAAGCCAACAGGCUAAAGAUUAUGCAGCGCAGAAGGCGGCGGAGGCCAAGGAUGUGAUUUCUACAAAAGGCCAAUCCGCUUCGCAGUUGGCCGCUGAAAAAGCCAAGGCUGCCAAGGAUGUGACGGUUGAUACGACAUUGACGGCGGCACAAUACACCGGCCAGAAAGCAGCGGCUGUGAAGGAUACCACCGUCGAUAAAGCAAAGACUGCUGCACAAUACGCCGCCGAGAAAGCAACGGCGGCCAAGGACAUGACGGUGGAUACGACAAAGACUGCUGCACAAUACGCCACGGAAAAAGCAGCGGCUGCCAAGGAUACGACGGUUGAUACAACAAAGACUGCUGCACAAUACGCCGCGGAAAAAGCAGCGGCUGCCAAGGAUACAACGGUUGAUACAGCAAAGACUGCUGCGCAAUACACCGGCGAGAAGGCAUCGGCUGCCAAGGAUACAGCGAAGACUGCUGCGCAGUACGCGGGCGAGAAGGCCGUGGCUGCCAAGGAUACGACGGUUGAUACAGCCAAGACUGCUGCACAGUACAUAGGCGAGAAGGCGGUGGCUGCAAAGGAUGCAACGGUUGAGAGCGGCAAAGGAGCGGCGGGAUAUGCAGGGAAGGCGGCUGCAGGGGUGAAGGAUCAGGCGGUGGUGGCGGGGUGGGAGGCGGCGCGUUUCACCCUUGGGAAGACAGCGGAGGCCACCAAGACGAUGGCAGACGUCACGUCUAAGGUGGCGGGGUACACAGGUGAUGUAGCGGUGGCGGCUAAGGAUAAGGUUGCCGGAGCAGGGCAGGCUGUGGUGGGGUAUGCUGGGGAGAAGAUCGCGGCUGCCAAGGACACGGUGGUAGCAACUGAAGAGAGCGCGGCAGCUUAUGCUGCGAGGAAGAAGGAAGAGGCUAAGAGGGAUCUGGAAAUGAAGAGAUCUUCACCACAAACGGAAGAAAGGAGAGAGACAUUCAGCACUGGGGGUGGCGGAGGCCCCUCUGAGGAGCAAUGGGGAGGAGAAGAAGAACAAUGGCAGCAAUGGGGAAGGUCGAAAGGCGAACACUGGCAGCAAGAAGCAGUCGGAGGAGAAGGCGAGCACGAGCUCGGAGGGGGCAUCAUGCGGGCGAUUGGCGAGACUCUAGUGGAGAUUGGGCAAACGACCAAGGAUCUUGUCUCCGGACAGCAUCCUCUACUUGGGAAAGAUGAUGAUGAGAAAGAGACGUAUAAAGGGGCUGGCCAAGAUAUAUAGAGACAGAGAGCCAUGUUCAUGUUUCCCAGAUAAAAUAAAAUAUGAGAUGCUAUGCAUCUAGUUGUGGAUCUUUUGUGUUUCUGUUGAUUGUGUAGGUUAGUUAGUGUGUGGAAAUGUACUUCUUCAUCAACACAUUUUCAU